AUGGAGGCAUCGGUGAGUUUGUUUGAGGGGCACGCUGACAUGUACGCGGAGAAGUUGGCCUCGUCGAACUCUUCUACCUCCAACCGAAAUAACGCCACGAUCGCUGCGGUGCUGCAGGAGGGCAAAAAGGAGGGCGGUAGGCGACCGGAGAGCCGAAACACGAGUGGCCUGCCUGGGGACUACUUCAAUGUGCUUAGCGCGGACAAGGCGGAGACGCUCUCCAUCCCACCGGAACUUAUUGAGCCCACGGCCGGGUCGAGGCGAUACCUGGCGAAGAACCAGGGCAAAGGGGCUCCCACCUUUGCAUUCUACCUGUGCAAGAUGUACACCAACAAUUCCACCUGCGCCCACGGCUCCUUCUGUGAUUUUAUUCACAGUCGUCAUGUCUUGACGAAUGCUCCCCAUCGUGGCGGGCCGGUGAAAGCCAUUCAAGUGCACUGGUCGACUCCCAUUCACUCCAUGGCGGAAGCCCUUUACGAAAGACAUGAACCUGGAUCCGUCUUUCAUAUCAAUCAAAGCAACUUCAGUGGGACCUCCUCUCAAUUCAUCGGCGAUGCCCCGGCCAGAUUACGAUUAGCCUCUGAUUAUGUCUAUAAGACAAGGGGGAGUGAAGAAGCACUGUUGCAUGGUUCAACCAGGCUGCUUCGAUUAUGCAAACACUACGAGCGUGAGAAAUGUGGGAGGGGAAGGAUAUGCCAUUUUAUUCACCGCGUUUAUUUGAAGCCGUCAACGCAGUCAUCAAUGCCACCAUCGUUGUCAUCCACAGACACAACUGCAACAACGAUGACCGCACCUUUUACCUACAACCAAACAGCGGACCUCAAUGUUAUUAACCUGCGUCCGAGUCAUACCGGCACUCAACCACGUUUUUUGCCCAGUGCUAAUUGCUCAACCAACACCAUGCACGGUUACACUCGGCAGGCAACUGGUUUCCCCUUUGACGCUCGGGGUGUUCCACAUGCAACCGGUGGGGUUAUCAUGUCACCUCCAUCCAUGCUUUCUUCCCAAGCACCGUCACCAGCGCAGCCGCCGCAUUUACACCUACAGCAGGCGCAGAAACAGCAGCAGCAGCAGCAGCAGCAGCAGCAGCAGCAGCAGCGUCCUCAGAUUAUGACGCAGCAGGCGGGGUACCCGUUUUCUUCCGUGUACACUUCGCAGCAGACGCCAUAUAUGAGCAGUACGACAGCACAAAUUUCAGCGACGCAGUUUCAAUCCUCUAAUUCAUUCUACGAACAACUUCACCAUCGCGGUACCCAACAACAAAAUUCGAAUUUAGGGUCCCAGCAGCAGUCGGUGCUUCCGGUGAAUUCAAUGACGGAUUAUCUCCUGCCACCGGUGUUGUUUACUCUCAUGUAG